GAUGUGUGUUUGGAAUCCUGAGCGAGACAUGGCUGAACACUUGACUGUGGAUAUUCAGAAGGGAGCACUGUGGCCUGGAUUUACUGUUCACACAGAAUGGCUCCACUAUGAGUUGAAGGGGGGAGUUAUGGCCGACUUGAGAGUAGCCACAUCAAAUGCUAACUCUAAAGGCUUAAGGGCUUUGCCAACAUCCGCCUGGAGUUGUAGGGGGCUUGGCUUAGCCAUAACCUUUACACAAUACCACAGGGUCGAAUCAUUGUGCCGAGCGCUGGCCUGACAGACCUCCAGCUCUCCUCUUCCUCCUCCUCCUCCCCCUCCUCUUUCUCCUCCUGUUCCUCCUCCUUCUGCUCCUUCUCCUCUGGACAAAACCUCAGAACACGCCUGCCAGUGUUUUUUUCCCCUCUGCUUCUGCCUUUCACCCCCACAGUCUAGACGAGCCUUCACAGAUUAGAAGUGUGAGUUAUGGGAGUAUGUAUGUGCCCUCAUUUUGAAGGAAAGUUUUGCAUUUGCUCUCAUCGAGCGGAGCAGAAGAUCGGAGAGGACGGCUCCCUGGAGCAGAUAAGGACUGAGGACUAAAGACUGAUGGUCAUCAACAUCUCUGACCAUCAGUGUAUGACAUGACAAAACUUGAAAGACAUUCAGUACCUCUCUGUCCUUUUCAUGGACUGUGUGUAGGUCAGCUGGACUUGGAGGAAGCAACAGGCCACAGGAGUCUGAGUUUCAGGAAGAGUGACUCAUCAUCAGUCCAGAAUCUUACGAUGUUGAAACUCAUCUGACCUGAGGACAUUUUUUCCAUGUUGGGGCUAUUUUUAGAUUUUUUGAAAGGCUGGGAAAUGUUUACUUUCAUCUGGUCCAUUUAGCACAUUUAUUUUAUAAUAUGCCCACAGGACAUGAGCUAUAUUUUGGGUGCAGGGAAUAGACACUUUCAGUUCAACAAACUAGCAGAAGACUUUACGUCUGCACAUCCCUGGCUCAGAUUGCUGUUGGAAUGUUUACCAAAGUGCUAACCAAGAUCUGCUUAAAUGAGCUCUGCAACAUAAAAGCGCAGCCGUGUCCCUGGAUAUCUGCGAGAUAGCGAGAGCAGAAGACGUUCCCGGGCUGAGAUUGCUCUCCAGAGUGUCUGCGAUGCUGCCGCUGUCAUUCAGACGCAUUCCUCUGGGGCCUCACAGCAGAUCUGCUAAAGCGAGCUGCACAAGCGUUGGCUGAGUGACUGUGGCUCCUGGUGGAUGGCUUUGUCACUGUUUCCUGCCUCAGCCACAUCCUGAGAGGUCUGGAGCAUCACUCAGGAGACUGGAGACUCAGGGGCGGAAGAUGUUGGAACGUCGAGAGUUUAGAAGCAGCGUCUCCAGCACUCUGGCAUAUCAGAACUUUAUCAAUCGAAGGAUCUAUCGGAAAAUCCGAAGUUGUGUGGGCUACAGACGGGGGAUCUUUGGCCAGAAGCUGGAGGAGACAGUGAAGUAUGAGAGGCGCUACGGGAACAAGAUGGCCCCCAUGCUGGUGGAGCAGUGUGUGGACUUCAUCCGGCAGUGGGGCCUGCAGGAGGAGGGUCUCUUCCGCCUCCCCGGACAGGCCAACCUGGUCAAGGAGCUCCAGGAUGCCUUCGACUGCGGAGAGAAGCCCUCGUUCGAUUGUAACACAGAUGUGCACACCGUGGCCUCCCUGCUGAAGCUUUACCUGAGGGAGCUGCCCGAGCCAGUCAUCCCGUUUGCCAAAUACGAGGAGUUCCUGGCCUGCACCAAACUUUUCAGCAAAGACCAGGACACUGGAAUGAAGGAACUCAAAAACCAAGUUGAAAGUCUACCUCCUGUGAAUUACAACCUGCUGAAGUACAUAUGCAGGUUUCUAGAUGAAGUGCAGUCCUACUCUGGAGUAAAUAAAAUGAGUGUGCAAAACCUGGCAACUGUCUUUGGGCCAAAUAUUUUACGCCCAAAGAUUGAGGACCCUGUGGCAAUAAUGGAAGGUACCGUGCUGGUGCAGCAGCUGAUGGCCGUGCUGAUCGGGCGGCAUGACGUGCUGUUCCCGCGGGGGGAGGACAGUCCCACGGCGCUGGAGCUCUGCAACAACAACAACAACGAGCUGCGCAGGCCCACGGCCGGACAGCUGCUCAACACGGAGAACAACAACAGCCCCUCGGCCCACGCGCCCAUCAGGCAGUGCGCCUGGGAGACGCCGGACUCCCCGCAGCGCUCGCCGCUGGACAACGGCUCGCCCCGCUCGGCCAGCCCCCGCAACGGCCUCGCCACCUCCUCGGCGGGCGGCUUCGAGCUGACCCGCAGCCCGCCGGCCGCGCUCAAGAAGAACCCGGCGUUCAGCAAGGGCAGCGGCAUCGUCACCAACGGCUCCUUCAGCUCGUCCUCGUCCUCCUCGGCCGAGAUGACCCAGGACAAGGGCCAGACCCUGCUGCCCAGCUGCAGCUCGGCCCUGCAGCAGCGGCGCGCCGGCGCGCUCAAGACCAGCGGCACCAAGAUGGGCACCAGCGGCGUGCCCGGCGGGGGCGGAGGGGGGGUGCGCAUGGGCGUGUCCAGCAGCGACGUGGUCAACGGCACGCUGAACGGCCGGGGCGGGCUGUGGCUGCCCAACGUGACGCUGCGCGAGGGCAAGGCAGGGCGCGGCAGCGGUGGCGACGGUGACCAGAGCGGCCAGCAGAACCGCCUGUCCACCUACGACAACGUGCAGCUGCUGCAGAUGCAGACGCCGCAGACGCACGCGUCCUCCUGCCUGAGCAGCAGCUGCGAGGACAAGCAAAGCGUGGACAGCGCCACCUGGUCCACGUCGUCCUGCGAGAUCUCGCUGCCGGACAACUCCACGUCCUGCCGUUCGUCCACCACCACCUGCCCCGAGCAGGACUUCUACGGCGCCCACUUUGAUGACGCCAUGCUGGACGGGCCCUCGCAGGAGGAGGGGGGCAGCGGCGGCGGCGGCGGCCUGACUCUGGGCGGCGAGCGGCCCAACGGAAGCGCGGGCAGUGGGAACGGCCGGGGCAGCCGCGGCACCAGCAGCAGCGACAACAGCGAGACGUUCGUGCCCAGCAACGGGCCCAGCAACCACAGCGCCCUGCACAGCCUGGUGGCCAGCCUCAAGCAGGAGAUGGUCAAGCAGAAGAGCGAGUAUGAGGCUCGGAUAAAGAGUCUUGAGCAGCGCAACCUGGAGCUGGAGACUGAGAUGGUGAACCUUCACGAGGAGCUGGACCAGGAGAGGAAGAAGUACACCAUGGUGGAGAUCAAGCUGCGCAACGCCGAGCGAGCCAAGGAGGACGCCGAGAAGAGGAACGAGAUGCUGCAGAAAGAGAUGGAGCAGUUCUUCUCCACCUUCGGCGACCUCACAGCUGACCCACGCCGACCGGACCGCGCCAACACCAUCUGGAUCCAGUAGAGGGGGGAGAGACAGUUGGACUGUACCAUCUGGACCCAAGACUAUUGUGAUCCAGUACUUUUUCAGAAGACAAAAAGCAGAAGGACAGUGCCAUAUUGGCUCCAGUGGGACAGAAGUGCACAGACUGUUGCACUGUGGGGAUACGUGUUGUCAGGAGGCUGUGGUGACCUGCCUACCUGUGGUAGACUGAGCCUUAUGCUAGAGAGAGAGAGAGACUCCAAAGGAACUUUUCUCCACAUAUAUCUUUGUGAUCCAAUCCAACAUGUACGCCACAUCUUGUUUCUGUCACGUGUUGUCCUGCAUCUGCCUGUGUAUAUAGAGCAAAGCAAUGUUCUGAAUGUCCAGAAGAAAUAUGUAUGUAAAAAAGAAUUAAACUAAAGUAAUAUUUUAAUGUAUGUCUGGUAUUUAAACUGAGAAUUUAUGUUGCAUUUCAAUUUUAUAUCAAGGCUUUUCCUUGCACUUAUGUUUUUAUUUUCAUUGUGGUACUGACAAGAGCUCGUUGCUGGUUCUGUUUGUUUUUAUUUUCCUCGUGGUGUAUUGAUGGAAAUCAGCACCCUGCGGCGAUCCUCUCUGUGCCACUGAGCCCACCUUAUGACCAAAAACAGAAGAGAGAAAACCUGUAAAUAUUUUAUAAAUCACUUCAUUUUGUUGUCUAUGCUGACAGGUUUUCAUUCGCUCCGAGGGAUACGUUGCUUUCUUUGUCUGUUUGUUUGUUCUUUGACAGUAAAGGUUUGGCCCAAGUGCAGAAGUGUGUGUGUGUAGAGGUAAUGAUGAAAGUCUGUGAAGGUAAGAGCUGACUCGUCGUAGUUUUACUGGAACAUCAAGAGCUGUUGUUGUCAGUGUCAAAGAAACAUGCACAUGUAUUCGGGGAGCGAUUGUUGCUUUCUAGGGAUGUUUUUAAUUCCUCAACCCAAAAGUUUAAGUCUGCUGUAGUGAAGUGCAUUCACAUGCAAUGAAAAUUAAAUUCUGUGAACAAUCCA